CUGCUCAACAUUAGCCAUCAGAGCUUUCAACAUUUUCAUUCUUCUUUUAUACUUCCCCUCAAGUUUUGCAACAAACCAACAAUUUGGAACAGAAGAGAGAGAAUAAACACAUGGACUAAAAAUGAUCGGCAGUGUUUCAGCACUAAUGGAGAUGGAAGUGAUGGAGACCAAACAGUGAGAUUUAGAAGGACUCGUCUCGUCGGGGUUUCUUGUAAAUCGCUUGGAUCUCUGGUCUUUGUCAGAGUGCACAGGGGGACCGCGCUCUGUGCUACUGUUUACAUGUGAAUGACACCGUCCAGCCGGCCCCAGCCCAGCAGAGAGCUCAGAGACAGGUUGCAGUCCUGGGGGGAGAUGCCUUCCCUGCACCACGGAGCAAUCUUCGUCGGAGCCUUCCUCAUUGUGACCGGGGGCUCCACAGCCUUCCUGGCCUCCUACCAGAGCCGCCUGCAGGCUUUCUCGCUGUGCUGCGUGGUGCUGGGGGUGGUCAUGCUCAUCCUGGGACUCUUCUGGGCCAUGAACAGCAAAAACGUAGCGACCUACAACCAGCGGGAUUUCGACCCGGACUGUCCCCAUUACCCUUACAACGACUACUCCAACUACUCCAGCCAUGCUCUCUUCUCUCCUCAGCUGACUCGGUUCCCAGAGUCCCAGUCCGUGUUUCUGCCCAGGACGAUGGAGAGCCAGAGGAACGCUACUCGUGGUGAAGAUUUCGACUACCCACCCAUGGACUGUGGCGGGUUAAGUCCAGCACCUCGCCCUCCACCGUGGCUGGAACCCCCGCCUCCAUAUGAGGUCGCCAUCAAGACCACCUGUAGCUCUACGCACCUGCGGCGUGCAUAUUCAGACACACACCUGGCAACAGAGCCCUUAUUUGGACAGUCGAGAGAGAUUAGCUUUGAGGUGUGACACGUCCUCUUCUAAACUGGGCACAAAUUUGAUGCUAGCUCCUACCUUCGUGAUUCAUCUGAAGCCUACUUCUCCCUAGUUCACUGCAUGUUUUUUUUUUCUACAUUAAAUACGUCAAACAUGAUAAAGCUAGUUCGAGGUAAUUUGGGCAAAAUAAAGCAAUGUAAGCCAACAUUUCAACAAUUUGCUAACAAAUCCUGAGCUAGCUUAAAUAUCAUUCUUACAUUCCAAACUGAGUGUUACAUUGUUUUUUUAGGGAUCAUUCUAGGAUGAUUUGUAUCAUAAAACAUGUAUUGGAGAUAAUAUUAAUACAAAAUAAGUACGAACUGAGAAGCAGCUACAGCAUGUUAGCCUAGCUUAGCAAAACACAGCGAUGAGGUGAGUUUUAAUGAUGGCUGGGUAACAAAAGGUAACCCAUUUAAUAGUGACAUACCUACCAAAUUUCUUUCUUUUUUUAAAAACCUUUUUCACCAAAUAUUAAUUCUGAAGCCAGAAGCUUUAAUGAACCAAGACCGUUCACCUCUAUUUGCAUGAGGCUAAAUCAUUUAAAGGGGGCAAAGCCUCAAUCAUACAUACCACUGAGUUUUGAUGCAGCUUAAAUGAUUAAAGUAAGAAGUUACAGACCUUAACUUUUCUGACUGACGCUAUGUUACUGUUUUUUUUAAGCUUAAUCUAUGGUUCUAAAACCACAACGGGUAGGGAAGAACGGAGAUUGAUUCACUUUUGGAGCUAGGUUUAAGGGGACAUUUUGAGGUAAUACUUUUUAUUUGAUCCCUCUCCCAGUCUAAUAAUGGAUCUCAAAAGGCACUACAAGAUUUUGUAGUGUAUAAUGUAAUGUCCGGUGUUUUCCCAGAUACAAUGUCAUACAUAGCCAUCACAAUUGAACUGAAAAAGUAACAGAUUUCCUCGAAGUGGGUGGAAAACGAUAAAAGAUGCAAUAUUCUGGCUGCAUAAGUGUAACCAAGCCUUUUAAAGUAAUUAUUUGAAGCUUGUUUUGACUCAGUUUCAGCAUUUAGUCUUUUGCAUAAGUCUGUCGGCGUCCAACAUUUUGACUUGCCAAUAUUUUCCCACUCUACCUUCUCAUCCUGCUAACAUUUUCAGAGUCUCUCAGAUUGUCCACGGCCGCCUUGAGGCGACCCAACUCACUUCCUGUCAAGUUCACUUCUAGGUUUUGGCUUACCCAUUCCAAAUCUUUAAUCUUCAUCUCAUAAAACAUUCGUAUGUGGAUUUGGCUAUAUAUAUUUUUUGCGUAAAAGGGGGAUAUACAGCCAAGCUGAAACUGACCACACUUAUCGCUUACACUUUAAAUCAGUAACUAUGCAGUUUGAGGACUUCCAGAAGCACAUAGAUCAAAUGUUUAAUAAUGAAUGUAAAGAAAACCAAAGAUAUUGAUUAAUGCCAAUCAAAGAAACUUGCCUUUUUUUUUUAAAUCUCUCUUUAAAUCAAAUUGAAACAAUUUCAAGAUGCAAAGAAUUUAGCAUCUGGCUCAGUUGCAGAGGGUUUGACGCAUGUGACAGUAGAUUGUUGUUUUUUAUCUGAUUUGCAGCUUUUCAACAGCAAAUCAACAAGGUCGUUGGUCACACUUUGACUGAAAAGAGUUGGCAGUGAUGGAGACCUCGUCACAAAAUACCAACAUUCACAGGAGUUCAGAGAAACAAGUGUGACCAACGGUUGUUUUCUAGGUAAAUACCAUCCUUGAAGUUGUUGCAAACCUUUACGUGCCGAGCUUUGACAAUCACUUUGGGCUUGAUGGGGAAAACAUCAGCAGCUGAAAUGAUGUUGACCUCCAUCAGUUGCCUUAAAGCAGCAGAGGCAAGCAGAAGGUACAAAAACCUGGUUUAAUUCAACAAAUACUUGUGCACACUUGCUUUCUGGGAUUUCCCAGCUGACUAAUUGUAUUUUUUUAAAUUAUUUUUUAACCUGCAAAGUUGCACGUUUCUUUUUAUUUUGUGUGUGAAAAAAAGAAAAAUCUUGAACAAAUGCCUGCCUCGUUUUUUUUUUCCAUUUAUGUGCUAAGCUUAUUCUCCUCCUCAUUGUGCUGGAAGCCUGGGAACACUGACUCAUCUGACCAUAUGUGCUUCCAUGUGCUCAACAGACCACUGCCCUUCUUUGGCGUAGCAUCCUCUGCUUUUAAAUAUUGCAACCGGUAAUAUUUGCUGUUGCACAAUUGCGGUCGCAUGUUUUUUUUGUUUCCAUUUUAAAGAAUGACACCAGAGUGGUUGAAUUUGAAUCAGUUUUCCAGGUGCGACCUUCUUUCAGAGGCUUUUAUCUCCAACGUUGCGACGUGGGAAUUGACUUCCAGCUGCACUGAACUCGUUUCUCCGUUGUCUUGGGGGCAUUCAACUACAUCUUGAACGGCUUCCACAUGUAUCCACUUUAACUUGUACGUGUCAUGUUUAUCGUUUGCUUGUUUAUAUGAAUGUGUGCUUCGUUUCUGCACAAAUGCUAAAAACAUCAACUGGAAACCAUUAUCCUAGGUCAUAAGACAAACGAUUCAGACGGAGUUACAAUUGUGAAAAAAAAAAAAAAAAAAAGGUUUGUCGAAGCAGGCAAAAAAACCCCAAAACUGUAGGAUGUUUUCUGGAUGACUGACACUGAGUGCAUAAUACUGCCAUCACCCUACGUUGCACUAUUCAUUGUGAAGAAAGAAGCUGCACUGCCCUCCUCUGAUCUCUGACUGAACAAGCACAAUAAAUGCAGCCAGCAGGAUUCACAAAAGUAGAGACAAAAUUGCUGCGUGUGCAUGUCUAAUGUGUCUGAUUAUUAUUACUAUUGAGGAAGUGAACAUAUAUGUCAGACCA